AUGUCCAAUAGGGCCACACAUUGGUGUUAUGCCUGUCGGCGGCCAAUUCGUCUCCGUGGGCAGGAUAUCAUAUGCCCCAACUGCAAUGAUGGUUUUAUCCAAGAAAUCAGUGAGAUGGGUGGCCGAUUGAACACUUAUGGGCUAAUUGAACCGGACUUUGAAGAGCAUCGAGCUAGAAGAUUUGGAAUGAUGGAUGCCAUGUCUUCCCUUAUGCGGCAACGGAUGGAAGAAAUAGUAGAAGAUAGUUUGUUUGAUGUUCAUGGUAGACAAGGGACAGGUACUGAAUAUGGAAGGAGGCCAACUGCUGUUCCUACGCUGGUAUUUGGCGGCAUCCCUUCUCCUGGAGUUGGUAGCAGUGAUGUUAAUGUUGUCCUCAGGGGAGGCCGCAGAGUUGGCGCUGUCCAUCCAAAUUUCAGUAGUUUAGUUGUUGGUCCCAGUCUGGAAGCCCUAUUUGAGCAGCUACUCCUCCAGAACAACCGUCAAGGCCCAGCACCUGCUCCACAGUCAGCUAUUGAUUCCAUGCCUGUGUUGAAGAUAAAUCGCAGGCAUCUUGACGACGAUGCGCAGUGUGCAGUUUGCAAAGACGAAUUUGAGGUUGGAGCAGAGGCACGGGAGAUGCCAUGCAAGCACCUGUACCACACUGACUGCAUCAUCCCCUGGCUGGUUCAGCACAAUUCUUGCCCUGUUUGCCGCCAUCCACUGCCAUCACAGAGAUCAGGCAGUACCAGUAGCGCCCGUGUGCCUUCAGCUUACUACAACGAAGCCGCUGAUGCUCCUGGGGUCACCAGAGCAGAUCUUGAACCUGCUCCAAGAAACAGCGGCAGCGAAAGCCAGGAAAGGCACAGCUCCUUCUCGUUUCUCUGGCCAUUUGGCAUGUCGAGUUCCAGUUCCAGUUCUUACCAGUACCAAGAAAGUGUUGAUGAGCCUGCAGUAUACGAUCCAAACCAGAGAGCAUAUUCUGAGUGGCACUAUGACCCCUGA